GGGAUGCUAGGGUAACGGAUAGAAGACACAUAGACAUGUACUGUACAUUACACUGCGUUACACGAUUUUGGUACCCUCUUAACUGUUAGCUGGAAUGAAUAGGUAAUAAGUCAUAGAUUAAAUGUUCCAAACAUAUGUGGUAUCCAUCACGUCUAGUUUUCGAGGUACAUGUCAAUUAUUAUUUUCUAGAACCCUCACUUUAUCUCAAAGUUAUUUUGCUCAAAUUACAGGGCGGAUUUACUAAAUACUGUUGUUUUCUUUGUAUGUGGGACAGCAGAGCCACAGAAAAACACUACAUUACAAAAGUAUGGCCAGAAUGGUCAGAGUUUGUAUGCGGAAAAUCUAAUGUGAAACAUGUACCAUUGAUAGAUCCUAAAAAUGUUAUUUUACCACCACUCCACAUAAAACUUGGUUUGAAGAAAAAUUUUGUGAAGGCUAUGAAUAAAGAGGGAGAUGGAUUUUUAUAUUUCAAGACAGUAUUUUCAAAGUUAAGUGACGCCAAACUCAAAGAAGGAAUAUUUGUGGGACCACAAAUACGUACUUUGAUAAACGACCCAAAUUUUGACAAAAAGCUUACUAAUACGGAACUUGAUGCCUGGUUGUCACUGAAAGCAGUUAUAAAAGGGAACCACAGAGCCGAAAAUGCGGAACAGCUAGUGAACGACAAGAUAAAAGCAUACGAAAAGUUGGGUUGCAGAAUGUCAUUAAAAAUUCACUUUCUUCAUUUUCAUUUUUCUUUUUUUCCAUCUAAUCUUGGUGUGGUUAGUGAUGAGCAGGGUGAGCGGUUUCACCAGGAUGUAAAGAAGCUUGAAGAACGAUUUCAAGGCCGUUGGGACACAACUAUGUUAGGUGAUUACUGUUGGCGUUUAAAACGAGAAGAUCAUUCGAAACACAAAAGAAAACGUUGAAGUUUCACGAUAUUUUUUAUAAAAAUUUCAUAGAUAAUAUUUUUGUUGACUUUUUUUACUUAAAUGAUAAAAUUAGGCUUAAUUAAAGUAAAAAAAAUUGGUUGAUUUUAUAAGAUUUCUUUAAAAUAUGUUUUGACGUUUUAAUUUCUAAUAUAAAAUGGCACUCUCUUGCGGAAAAAAAAUGAGACGUGAUGGAAAGAAAAUUUGUAUGUAUGUUUAUUAAACGAUACGUAUAAAUAAAAAAUCAGGACAUUUCAAGGCGGGUACUCAAUUUUAUUGAAAAUUUGUAAUGCAGUGUUAUUUAUAUGUAUAGAUAUACAUAUUAAACAUCCAUAACUGGAGUACAAAUGCUCGUAAAUGCUCGAAUCCCGG